GCCUUAAGUUUGGAACACCGAACAAAUAACUAAGACGAAAAUGAACAUUUUCUAACAAAAGUGAAUCACAACGCAAAAAAAAACCAACAACUGGAAUCAGUUUACCGUUUUCUUCAUCUCCUUCAAUAAAAAUCCAUCAAUAGAUACAUCUUUUCUUCAUCAAUCCUUCGUGUGGUUUUUCUCUCAGUUCAUUGAAUACAAACAAGAAAAAAAAAAAGAGAGAGCGUUCUUGUAGAAAAAGAAUCGAUUUUAAUUAGAGAAAUAUCUCUAAGAAAAAUGGGUUGCGGAAAAUCAAAACACGAUGUUGUUACGGGUAACACCAUCAGAAAACCUUCGGAAGCUGAAUCAGUGAAGGGCAAAGAAAGCGAGACAAUGAAAAGACAAGGAAGAUGUCGGUGCCGGGAAACAAACGACAUCCCCGCCGUAGUUUCCGGUAAUCCGCCAGAAAUCACCCUAGAAAACAAUACUAAGAAACCGGAGGAAAAGGAAGCUGGAGGAGAUUGCGGUGAGAAGACGGCGGAAGAGACCACUUUGCCGGAGGAAAAGGAACCGAUCACUUUGCCGCCGGUGACAGCGAUAUUGCCGGGGAAUAUUGUGACGGAGGAAACGGAAACGACCACUUCGCCGCCGGAGAAUAUUGUGAAGGAAGAAAAGGAAACGACCAUUUCGCCGCCAGCGACAGCGAUUGAGACCGAGAAUGUUGUGACGGAGGAAAAGGAAACAACCAUAUCGGAGGAUGUUGUGACGGAGGAGACGGUUAACAAUGUGGAUGAGAGCGUUUUGCCUGUUGAUGAACAAAAUGAAACGAUUGAUAUUGAAACCGAGGUAGAGGAAGAGAAAAGUGUAGAGGAUAAAAGCGAUGAUAAUAUUGAUGGUGACGUUGAAACGGAGGUAGAGGAAGAAGCAAAAUCAGAUGAACAAACUCUCACAACAACGGAAUUAGAAGUUGAAGAAACUCUGACAACGGAAAAUGACGAAACAGCGGCCACGGAAAGCGAUGAAGUUCCGGUUAUAAAAGAUGAAGAUCAAGUUGAUGCCUUAGAGGAAACACCAGCUGAUAAAACAAAGGAAGUUGAGUCUGCAUAAAAUAAGUAUCCACCAACUUUGAUACACUAUAUGGCACCAAAUCAUGAUCAGUUUCUUUGUAUAUUCUUAUUAAACUAAUUUGCAAUUCAAAAGGUUGUACUUUUUUUUUCAUUUGAAAACACUCGAAACUAUAAAUGAACAAGUCUUUACAAAUUUAUUUGUUUGCAUUUUGAAGAAAAA